AUGCUUGUAGGCAUUUCUGGCUUGUAUUCUGGCAUACUGUUGGCGAAAGCCGGUCAUACAGUAAUCAUUUAUGAAGCAAGUGAUCGAGCAGGUGGUCGCAUUUUCAACUAUCGUGAUCCAAAAAAUCCAUCAAUAUAUAUGGGUGAAUUUGGAGCUAUGCGUUUCUCAUUGGAUGUUCACUCUUAUUUGAAUACUUUAAUUCGACAUCGAUACAAAUUGAAAAUUGCAGAAUUUGUUCAAAACAAUGGUAACGCUUAUACAUACAUCAAUGGAAUUUUUGCUACAGUGCGAGAUGCUCGUGAAAAUCCAGACAUAUACAGAUUCAACACGCAUCAAAGCGAACGUGGAAAGACUCCUGAACAAUUAUGGCUGAAUGCUCUUCAACCUAUUUUGCAAACACUGGAACAAGGAGGAUGGUUAGCGAUUAAAAAUGAAUGGGAUUCAUAUUCGAUUGCAUCCUAUUUGAAAAGUGUCAAUAUGUCACGUGGUGCUAUCGACUAUAUUAGCAUUUUUAAAAAUUAUGAAAACUUCAUUUAUGUAUCCAUUUUGGAAGCCCUUCGCUCGACACUUGUAUCGGGUUCUGGAUCGAAAUUAUAUCGUAUUGAAGGUGGUAAUGAUUUAUUGACACAAGCGAUGAUUGCUGAAUGUCGCGCGAUAGAGUUCAAUCGGUGUUCUAUUGUGUACUCGACACCCAUUACUGAAAUACAAUUGUACGGAUCGAACCAAAUUCGAUGA